AUGGACUUGAGAUUUCUCUUUUUUUCUGCAGCUCUUGUUGUGGGGGCAACGGUCAGCAUCUGUCUCGCCGACCGCACCGCUCAAUGCAAGAUAAAAUGGUUGUUUGGCAUCACGUGUGAAGAUGUGGGUGGAAAGCUUCUGAGACAGAUCCAGGCAUGGCAGAUCAGCCAAAGCUGCGCACAUACGGGAGAGAAGUGCUCAUACGAGCUUGUGUCUUCAGCUCCGUAUCUGAUCAAGGCAACGCACACGUCUCCAAGAACAAAGAAAGUGAACAACCUCCAGUUCCUUUUCGAGCAGUCCACUAUUUGCAAAGUAACUGGCGACGCUGUGUCCGAGUUCUCCAAAGAUCCGUCUGACAACAGCACAAACUUCUGCAGCCUGCAGAACCUGAUGGAUGGCAGCGAGCUGGUCGAUGCUGAAGGAUACAGGCAGUUCAGCAACAAGUGGAUCUGUCCUGGAUUUGAUGUUGUUAACUGCACCCUGUCCUGA